GAGGCUUGGUACACAGAAUGUUGAUUGUUGUUGUUGCUCUCUUCGCUUUCCAUGCAACCUCUGUGGAAUCCCGCUUGGCUGGAGCGUUUGUGAUGCCACAUGGCGGUAUAGCUCUCGACCCAAAACAAUUCAAAACCGAUAACGAUACACUUCUGCAGGAAGCCUGGGCUCUACAUAAUUCUUGUGUGGCUGUGGGAAAAGAGGUGAUGAAUUUGAAACCGGACGUUGUGUUCAUUAGCACGCCACAUGGGAUUGCAGACUUGAAUGCGUUUCUGUUCUAUUUGAAUGACCACGGAUAUGGUAGUGCAGACACGGAUAAUUGUCUCUGCCCACCUUGUUGCUACACUGUGGGAGUAUCGCUGGACUUUGAUUUGUCUAUGCAACUGGUUGAUAAGCUGAAGGACAAAACAAGUAACGUGUCUGGUAUUAACGGGUUUGGAGAACCAGGAAAUGGAGCGUAUCCCUUUCCCCUCAAGUGGGGAGAAGUCAUUCCUUUGUAUUUCUCACUGGGACUGACCGGCCUUAAUCAAACAACAAAAGUCAUAGUCUUAUCUCAGCCAAGCAGGAGGUACAACCACAGUGUCUCUAUGAUCAGUGAACUUUUGGAAUUGGGUACAAACAUGUACAACCUGCUAGACAACGCAACCGAGAAAGUAGCCGUUAUAAUCAGCGGUGAUCUAGCUCAUACACAUCUGUCCGACGGGCCAUAUGGCUACUCAAACGCGUCAGAACCAUUUGACCAGGCUUGUGGAAAGUGGGCAGCCACGUUAGAUGAACAAUAUCUUAUCAAAGACGCGGCGUAUUACGCUGAUAGAGCUUUGUCCUGCGGAUUUACUGGAUUUGUCAUGUUGCAAGGCAUGUUGUCGGUCAGGAACCCCGGAUAUUGGACCCCUCGUCUCUACGUCAACUACCAUCCUUCCUACUACGGUAUGAUGGUUGCGUCUUUCCUUCCAAGCACCGAGGAAUGUUUAGGUUCAUGUUGGUUGUAAACUACAUUAGAAAACAUUAAUU